GCAAGGAUUCCUGGGUAGGGGACUUCAGCGGAGUCUCACUCAAUGCGGGCUUCGCCGAAGACUGUCGAGGGCACAAAGGAGGCGCUCGCGAGCAGACUUAUGAGCGCUAAAAAGACAAAUGGGACACCCUACAACACCCUACAGACUCGUAGACUUGGCGAGAACGCGCAAUUUAAGACCACGAGACCGCAAGUCCACAUGAAGUGCGCCAUUUGGGACAGGGCUUUAGUGAGAGCCGUGCAAGGAUCGUCACGGGCUCUCACUAAAUCCUUGGUUUUUCGAGUCUGACGUCAUCACGCAACCGUGUUUUUUGGCAAGUUUAACAAUCAUAGGUAGUUUAGAUGGUUAGAGUUAGGUUAGGGUGUGGGUUAGGGUAAAGUUUCGUAAGACUUGAAACACCAAGGAUUUAGUGAGAGCGAAUCUAAUGUUGAGUGUGUUGUGUCUCCAGUCCAGCAGGAGUCGCUCUGCAGCUCUUCAGUCCGCCGAUAAACCCACUAAAGAAAGAAAGAAAGUCAAACAUCAAGCGCUGCGUGUUCACAUCACUCUGAUUUUCUCUCUUUAGUGUUUUAAACAGAGUGUUGUGUGUGUGUGUUUGUGUUGAGAUGUUGACGAUGACGUCACAGAUGUGCUGUAAAUCAGUGGGAACUGAUCUGUCCAUGCUGGAUAUUGAUGAUUUCAUCACAGAAAUCUGUCAGCUGAAGAAAGAGGUGGCGUUACUGGAGGAAAAGCUGAGGACAAGAGGAGAUGAACUCAACACUGAGGUUUGGACACAUUCAACAUCAUUUACUGCUUUUAUACUGUCAUUCAUGUCAAACUAAACCAAAGUGAGACAUCACACAUAUAUUCUAUAUAAAGCUCCAGUGCUGAUGAUGUGUUGUGUGUUUGUCAGAUUGUGGUAAAGGUCGAGUCAAACCCCACAGACGCUCAGGACACUGUGUGUGACAGUAAUCACACCUUGAAUCAGGAUGAAUCUACUGAUCAAACCUCCACAGAGUCUCUGGAUUCUGUCUGUAACGCUGGAGAACAGCAGAUCCUGAACACCAGACCACUCAACAUGUGUUCUGUCACACUGGUGGACUGCAGGAAACUGAUGGAGAUGGAAACACAGACCACAGUGAAGGAAGAACAGACUGAUGAAGAUGAGAAUCAUGAUGAUUUCGUUCCUUCAGUCAAACUGGUGAGUGGUGAGAACCUGGAGAUAAAAACAGAAGAAACAUCAGACGAAGAUCAGACUGGUGAAGAUGAGAAUGAUGAUGGUGAUGAUUUUAUUCCUUCAGAUGAGAGCGGUGAUUCAUGUUGUGAUGGAGAAACGGCCUCUACAUCAAAACAGCGACUGACAGCACAAACUCUUUCCUGCAUCACCUGUGGAAAGACAUUCAGUUCACAGAGACGUUUAGAGACACAUGAGAGAAAACACACAGAACAGAAACUCUUCACCUGCACCAGAUGUGACAUCAGCUUUCCUACCUUACAAGAGAAGAAACUUCAUUCACAAGAGCACAGACACCAGAAACACUUUCACUGUCAGCAGUGUGGGAAGAACUUUCUCCGCUCUUCUCGUCUGAACGCUCACAUGAGGUCACACACUGGAGAAAAACCUUUCCACUGCAGUCAAUGUGACAAAUAUUUCAGCACCAAAGGAACUCUUGUUGCUCAUCAGAGAAUUCACACGGGAGAAAAAACGUACGCGUGUCCUCACUGUGACAAGAGAUUCAACCAUUCAUCUAAUGUUAAGAUACACAUGCGUGUCCACACCAAUGAGAGACCGUAUGAGUGCAGUGAAUGUGGAAAAACCUUCAGGCAGUUAUUUGCUUUGAAAUCACACCUUAAAAUACACUCUGAGGAGAAACUCUAUCAGUGUUCACACUGUGAUAAAAGUUUCUGUCAGAAAGCUAAUCUGACACGUCAUCAGAGAAUUCACACCGGAGAGAAACCUCAUUACUGCAGUGUUUGUGGGAAGAGUUUCAGUCGACGUAACAAUCUAUUAGCACAUCAGGUAAUUCACACUGGAGAAAAACCUUAUCAGUGCAGUGUUUGUGGAAAGAGUUUUAAUCGUCAGGAUACUUUUACAAUGCAUCAGAGAAUUCACACAGGUGAAAGACCUUAUAAAUGUUCUCAGUGUGACAAGACGUUUGCUCGAUCAAAUGUCCUGAGAAUCCAUCAGCGAGUUCACACUGGAGAGAAACCUUAUCACUGCUCCAUCUGUGGAGAGAGAUUCACUUAUAUAAAAGGUUUGAAGACUCAUCAGAAGAAACAUGCUGAAGGACAAACUGGAACGGGGUUGUGGGGAAAGAGAAUUGUUGGCAUUGGCAGUCACGCAGACUGUAACACCCCCAAAUCAGAGAUUUUGCUUUUUAAGGAUGAUGAUGAUGAUGAUUUCAUCCCUUCAGAUGAGAGCGGUGAUUCAUGUUGUGAUGGAGAAACGGCCUCUACAUCAAAACAGCGACUGACAGCACAAACUCUUUCCUGCAUCACCUGUGGAAAGACAUUCAGUUCACAGAGACGUUUAGAGACACAUGAGAGAAAACACACAGAACAGAAACUCUUCACCUGCACCAGAUGUGACAUCAGCUUUCCUACCUUACAAGAGAAGAAACUUCAUUCACAAGAGCACAGAGACCAGAAACACUUUCACUGUCAGCAGUGUGGGAAGAACUUUCUCCGCUCUUCUCAUCUGAACAUUCACAUGAGGUCACACACUGGAGAAAAACCUUUCCACUGCAGUCAAUGUGGCAAAUAUUUCAGUACCAAAGGAACUCUUGUUGCUCAUCAGAGAACUCACACGGGAGAAAAACGGUAUGCGUGUCCUCACUGUGACAAGAGAUUCAACCACAAACCUCAUAUGAAGGAACACAUGCGUUUACACACAGAUGAGAAACCGUAUCAGUGCAGUGAAUGUGGAAAAACCUUUAGACAGUCACAUGGUCUGAAGGUACACCAGAGAACUCACUCUGAGGAGAAACUCUAUCAGUGUUCACACUGUGAUAAAAGUUUCUGUCAGAAAGCUAAUCUGACACGUCAUCAGAGAAUUCACACCGGAGAGAAACCUCAUUACUGCAGUGUUUGUGGGAAGAGUUUCAGUCGACGUAACAAUCUAUUAGCACAUCAGGUAAUUCACACUGGAGAAAAACCUUAUCAUUGCAGUGUUUGUGGAAAGAGUUUUAAUCGUCAGGAUAUUUUUACAAUGCAUCAGAGAAUUCACACAGGUGAAAGACCUUAUAAAUGUUCUCAGUGUGACAAGACGUUUGCUCGAUCAGAAGUCCUGAGAACCCAUAAGAGAGUUCACACUGGAGAGAAACCUUAUCACUGCUCCAUCUGUGGUGAGAGAUUCACUUAUAUAAAAAGUUUGAAGACUCAUCAGAAGAAACAUGCUGAAGGACAAACUGCACUGGAAUCAUCAUCAUAGCGUCUUUAAACCCUGAGCUCUUACUGUCAGUCAAUAUCACAUUGAGUUUUCAGAUGAAUUGAUGAUGGAAUUCAGUGUUUUACAGCUACAACAAGAAAUGUCCAAAUGUCAUCCUGUGUGUCAGUAAAUGUGUCUAUGUUCAGACUAUGUUCUAUUUUCUACCAUGAUGAAAAAAUAUAUAAAAAUUGUUUUUUUGUUUGAAUAGGUACAUAAACAUGACUUUAAAAUAUGCACUGUACACCAAGAGUCAUCAAUAUAUAUAUAAAACUUUGAUAUUUGUAGCGUUUUAAAUGUUUAUCGAGGAAUUUACAAUUACAUCUUAUUCGUAUGUGCAGUACAGUAAGGAAUAAAAUAAAAAUGGUAUGUGCGUGGCAUAUUUUAUUAAUAACUGAAUUGUAAUUGAAUAAUUUUUAGCGUAACGUUUGUUCACGUGAUAUUCUUCUAUCAGUGGAUGAUUGAUGUAUAGCAGAGAAAGUGUAGGAAGCAGAGGAAAGUGUUGUG